AUGGGUGCGGUUUCGGAAUCUGCUUCUGCUGAUUGUUUCAGUGAGGUGAUGUCGUCGAUUCCCGGGUUUCGCUUCCAUCCCACAGAUGAGGAGUUGGUGAUGUAUUAUCUGAAACGGAAGAUUUGUGGGAAGAGGUUAAAGUUCAACGUGAUUUGUGAAACCGAUGUUUACAAGUGGGAUCCUGAGGAUUUACCUGGGCAAUCUUUCCUGAAAACUGGAGAUAGACAAUGGUUCUUUUUCUGUCAUAGAGAUAGGAAAUAUCCUAAUGCUGCAAGGUCUAAUCGAGCAACAAGACAUGGCUACUGGAAAGCUACAGGAAAAGAUCGUAAUGUGAUAUUCAAUUCUCGGUCAGUUGGAGUGAUAAAGACACUGGUUUUCUAUAUCGGAAGAGCUCCUAAUGGCGAACGAACUGAUUGGGUUAUGCAUGAAUACACCAUGGAUGAAGAGGAGUUUAAGAGAUGCUGCGAUGUCAAGGGCUAUUAUGCACUUUACAAGGUUUUCAAGAAAAGUGGACCAGGUCCUAAGAAUGGUGAACAGUAUGGUGCUCCUUUUAAAGAAGAAGAAUGGGCAGAUGACGAUGUUGUAGAUUUUAAUGUAAAUUCAGCUGAGCGGGAGGCUCCAAAGGCUGUUAUGGACCCUCCUAUUGAUCAGCUGCAGCCGUUGUUGGAUGAUGAAAUUGAUGAAAUCAUUAAAGGGAUGUGUGAUGUUGAGCCUGUCCUUGAACAGGAUUAUGUGAAUGGUUAUACUGACUUUCCGCAGGUUGUUACUGAAGAAACACAAAGUAUGGGCAUGUGUCAGUUCUCUGAGGCCAUUUUAUUCCCUGAUCCAAGUGGAAAUUUGCAAUCUAGCAGUCAACAUUAUGAUGCGCAGCCCAGCUUUGACUUCAAUCAGUCAGUUACUUCACAGUUUCAUAUUUCUGAAGCACCCGAGGUCACUUCUGCUUCCAACAUUCAAAGUGAGGAGGAGCUCGUCUUUUAUGACGACGGCUUCUUGGAAGUUAACGAUCUCCUUGAUACUGAACCUACAAUUUCAAAUUCAGAAAAGCUUAAUGAUGACCUCUUUGAGAACCUUCAGUUUGAAGAUGGGUUAAGUGAAUUUGAUACGUACCAAGAUGCAGAUAUGUUUCUUUGUGGCCUGGGGCCUAUUUGUGACGAAACAGUGUCACAUGCAUAUAUGAAUAAUGGUGGCAGCAGUAUUGAAAAUCAGAGUCACCAGUUGCUGUCCGAUAUAGAAGUUGCCAAUCAAACUGUUGAUGAUUUCUGGAUGCAUGUUGAAAGAAACACCCGCAGUCCAACAGAAGACUUCACUGGUUCUUUCUCUCUAACAAAUCCAGGUGUUGUGUGUGACCCUGUCAGCUUUCCUACUGAAAGCACUAUGGAAGACGUUGCUACUACAAGUAGAUUCUCUUCUGCUCUUUGGGCUUUUGUUGAUUCAAUACCUACCACUCCUGCAUCAGCCGCUGAAAAUCCUUUGGUGAAUCGGGCUUUGAAUCGAAUGUCUAGCUUCAGCAUGAUGAAGAUGAAACCAAGCGACAUGACUGCAGGUAUUGAUACUACAACUAUGAAGAGAGCAGGCAGAAAGGGAGUCUCAUUCCUUUUCUUCCCUAUUCUUAUUGCUAUAUGUGCUUUCUUGUGGGUUUCUAUUGGAAAUUUAAGACUAUUAGAGAGAUACGUCUCUCCUUGA